GUACAGCGUCACACUUUGUUUAUUCUACUAUUAGCUUCCAGAGAAAGAUAGAGAUGGCUGAAGUCGCUCCCGCUCCCGCCGCCGCCGCGCCGGCCAAAGCGCCCAAGAAGAAGGCAGCUUCGAGGACCAAGAAAACCGGCCCUAGCGUCGGCGAGCUCAUCGUCAAGGCGGUUUCCUCGUCCAAGGAGAGGAGCGGCGUGUCUCUUGCCGCCCUGAAGAAAGCUUUGGCUGCCGGCGGAUACGACGUGGAGAAGAACAACUCUCGCGUCAAGCUCGCCGUCAAGGGCCUCGUUACUAAGGGCACUCUGGUGCAGACCAAAGGGACCGGAGCGUCUGGAUCUUUCAAGCUGAACAAGAAGCAGACCGAAGUUAAGAAGCCCGCAAAGAAAGCCGCGCCCAAAGCGACAAAGGCGGCCGCCAAAAAGCCCGCUGCGGCUAAGAAGCCCAAGAAAGUAGCGGCCAAGAAACCCGCGGCCAAGAAAUCUCCCAAGAAGACGAAGAAGCCCGUCGCUGUCGCCAAGAAAGCCACCAAAAGCCCCAAGAAGGCAAAAAAGCCGGUGACCCCCAAGAAGGCAGCCAAGAGCCCUAAGAAGGCCAAAAAGCCGGCGACCCCCAAGAAGGUGAAGGCUGUGAAGCCCAAGACCUCAAAGCCCAAAGCGACGAAGGCCAAAAAGGCUCCCAAGAAGAAAUAAACGUGUUU